AUGGCUGGAAGUGAUUGGCCACCUUGGGAACGUUUCAAUGAUUGGGUGCAUUCGAUUUGUGUGGUCACUUUCGAUUUGGAGUUAGGACAAGCUCUUGAGGUGAUCUAUCCGGGUGAUGCAGUUCUGAGCACACAAGAGAAAACAAAUAUUUGCUACCUGGCUUUUCCAGAUUCCAAUAGUGGUAAUACCAAAGAUACGAAUUUCCACUUUCGUAUAAGGAGAGGUACGACUGAAAUCACUUCCUCCCAACGUGCACUUCUGGAAUGCUCCUCCCAUGCAGCGUCGUUUGACCCCAGUUAUCUUUAUGGUUUUGUGCAUUUCCGACAACAAAAGGAUGCUUCAAUACAUCGUGGAUAUUAUCAGAAGAGUCUUGUUUUGAUCACCAUUCUACCAUUCUUCAACCUCUUCUCCCUGGUUAUUGAGAGAAUCGCUCUACAGUUCUUCGAAAAUGGAGAACCCGCUAUUGAAGCCGCAUGUCACGACAUGGAUCAAUGGCCAUCACCCUGCGUUGGCGAGCCGCUAUCACUGCCGUUGCUAGGCUCACUUCUUCGAAUUCGUAUUCCCUGCAAAGCUGAUUUGCCGCUAGACUUUCGCCUUGUACCAACUCUGAAGGAUAUCACCGGCAGCCAUGUGAAUACGGUAGUUUUGACGUCAGUUCAUCAAGUCGAUAUGUAUAAGGCACUACAUACAGUUAUUAAUCAUCUUCAAUUGCUUUGGGAACUUGUACUACUGGGCGAGCCCCUACUCGUUAUGGCUAAUACUCCGCAACGCUGCUCCUCUAUAGUGCAGGCGUUAGUCUCAUUGAUUGCUCCUUUGCGAUACUACAAUGACUUCCGGCCAUUUUUUACGAUUCAUGACUCGGAGUUCAAAGAGUAUUCCACUAAAAGUAGACCGCCGCCAAAAGUGAUGUUGGGGGUGACCAACCCUUUCUUUAUAAAAGCAUUGGAUCACUGGCCACAUAUUCUCAAGGUAGGCGACACUGUCGAAGGUUCCGACGUACCAGAACGGCAGGAGAAGACGAGGAAAAAUUGGGACGGUCGAACGCUUGACACGAAACCUGGUAUUUAUACGCAGUACAAAACGUUCCUGAAUAAAGAUAAGAGCGUCGCUAAGAAAUUGUUGAAGGGAGAUCGACCAUCAGAGGUCCAAUGUAACAUAUUACGACGACACUUUCUCGAGUUAACUCAAAGCUUCAUGAUUCCUCUGGAACGAUACCUCUCAUCUCUUAUGCCUCUACGUAAGGAAAUGUCGCCAUUUAAGGCCAUUCCUAGUGCACGACCGUUUUCUAUCGAGGAAUUUCUGCUCACUAUUGAUGCGUCGGGUCCAUCCUUGACUUGUGGAGUGAAAGGAGAUUGGCCAGGUUUGUAUCGUCGAUUUGUAAGCAGCCCAAAUUUUGUCGGUUGGCUAUCGAGCCGUACGCGUGACGUGAAUGCUCAACUCAAAGCGCAGUAUGUGGAGGCCUUAUGUUCUGCAGACCUGGGGGCGAAAGUGUUGGCAACGAAACAUCAUGUGGAAAUUGUGGAUUUAGUUUUGAGAGUGCGACAGCGAAUAAUGGAAAUGGAAGAUGCAAGUGAGAAAAGGAAUCAGCUGGUACGUCAAAUCGCCUCGAUAUUGGCUGGCGUCGAUGAGGAGUUAAAACAGGUGUUAAUGUCAAAUUGUUCGCUUCGAGAAAUUGUAUCAUAA